AUGAAGUAUCUACGAGAAAAGAAACGCGCUUAUUUAAAUGUGAAGAAAGAUAAAUUUAUUCUAUUAAAAGUAGAUAAAAGAACAAAAACAAUGUAUUUUUCAUCUAAAAGUCAGCCUUACAUUCAUUCAACAAAUUUGAUCGAUGAUAAUCAUUAUUUACCGGGAAGUGCACGUGAUAAUUUAUGUUUAGCAUUUUUUAGUUGUCUAUGUUGUUUUCCAAUUGGUUUAGCAGCUCUAAUUCGAAGUAUUCAAUCUUAUGAACUAUUAUCUCAACAUAAUGCUGUAUAUUGGCCCGGUUUAGCUGAAUAUUAUGGACGAGAAUCUUUUCGCUUAUCGAUACUAGCUAUUCUAUUUGGUACGGUUAUAUGGGCUAGUAUAUUGAGUUAUUAUUUAUAUAGAUUUUAUUAUUUAAAAUAUUCUUUUGCAAGACAUAUUAUUGAAUUAUCAUCAUAA